AUGCUCAGGGAACGCUCCAUUAUCAGUAACUUGCCGGCGCGAGAGCACGGUCCUGAGAUUACCACGUUUCGGGAUGCAACUCUCUUGCCUGUAGCUCCUCACUUCCUGUUCAACUCCGACGCUGAGAACGUAUUCCCUCCCAUGUCCCAGCGUUGCCGGAUCAUUCCUUCGAGUGUCGGUCCGAGAUGGACCCCAGCGGCUGAAAAUUGCACCGACUCACCAAGCUCCACAACACCAUUUGCGCCGCUCCGUCCCUGGAGUGAUCUCUCGGCAUGCGCACUCAACGACAGUAUCGUCCCUGGCACGUUCUGGCCAAAGCCAACAGUCCAAGCGCCACAUCCUCCGGCAACCCCGGCAUUUCCGUCGGAAGACUCAGACUGGGAUUCGAAUUUCAUAGGACACGCUCAAUACUUGAAGCGAUUCAAUGUUGAAAGACGGCAUAGCGGUUGGGAGGCUGUGGAGAGGAGAUGGGCUCAGAAUCAUCCAGCGCCGACGGCUCAGCCCCAGCAGAUAAGAGCACUGUCGGCGCAGACGAUGGAGGCGUUAAGUAAAUUACAUCCAGGGCUAUCCCUUCCACCCCCAGUCUUAGAGAUAGACUUCCGCAUGCGGGUGGUACUGAACACCAAUGUGGCCACCAUGGCAGUUGGUGACGGGUUCAAACAGUGGACAACAUCCACCGAAGGAUCAUGGUCUGGCACGAUAGGUCAUGGCACCGUAAUAGGCGGAGGCCAAGACAGCACAAACGCGGAAUUAUCAGGGACAUAUAUCGAAUCAGCUUAUAAAUUGAAGACAAAUGAUGACCCACCGGCGAUCAUCGAAUGCAAGACGCGCGGGUUCAGGACAGGGCCGCCUGACGUGAUGAAGGCUCUAGAAGACCCCGACAAAGCCCAAACAGUAGAUCCAAGACAAUACCGACAUCGCACUGUGAUUACAAUGCGAACAAGUGACUCUCGAUACGCCGGCAAAGUCAACUUUGAGAUGUGGGUAGGAACGGGUCUAUGGCGUGGUUCGGAGGUCAUCUAUGAGUACGUUCAUUGA